AAUCUCCAUGAGCCUCGCUAGGGUUCAAGCAGAGCAUGUCGUUUUAUUUAUGGCAAGCGGGGGAGCAAUAAGAUUCGUGACAAACGACGGAGGCUAGGCAAUCCAAAACCUCUUUAAAAUCCUCUCGCCGCCUCCUUCAUUUCCCCCUCGAACAUCCACCUAAAACCCUAAAUCCCCGCCACACCCCAUCACCAUGUCGACGCCCCCGACGAUCUCCUCCACCUCCCCCACCUCCGAGAAGAAGCAUAAGAAGAAGAAGAAGGACAAGAAGUCCUCCGCGGCCGCUAACGGCGACGACGACUCCCCCAUCUCCCGCGCCGCCGACGCCAUCGAUGACGAUCCAUUCCAGAAGGACUACCUCAUCAAGCCACAGUCGUUCACCCCCUCGAUCGACACGUCCAAGUGGCCGAUCCUCCUCAAGAACUACGACCGCCUCAACGUCCGCACCGGCCACUACACCCCACUCCCCGCCGGCCACUCCCCUUUGAAACGCCCCCUCCCCGACUACCUCCGCUACGGAAUCAUCAACCUCGAUAAGCCCUCCAACCCCUCCUCCCACGAGGUGGUCGCCUGGAUCAAGCGCAUCCUCCGCGCCGAGAAGACCGGCCACAGCGGCACCCUCGACCCCAAGGUUACCGGCAACCUCAUCGUCUGCAUCGACCGCGCCACACGCCUGGUCAAGUCCCAGCAGGGCGCGGGCAAGGAGUACGUCUGCAUCGCCCGCCUCCACUCCGCCGUCCCCGAUGUCGCCAAGGUCGCCCGCGCGCUCGAGACCCUCACCGGCGCUGUUUUCCAGCGCCCGCCGCUCAUCUCCGCCGUCAAGCGCCAGCUCCGCAUACGGACCAUCUAUGAAAGCAAGCUCCUUGAGUACGAUCCUGACAAGCAUCUCGUGGUUUUCUGGAUUUCGUGCGAGGCUGGCACCUAUGUUCGGACUCUCUGCGUUCAUCUGGGCUUGAUCCUUGGUGUCGGAGGGCACAUGCAGGAGCUGCGGCGGGUCCGGUCCGGGAUCCUCGGAGAGAGGGAUAACAUGGUAACCAUGCAUGACGUUCUGGACGCCCAGUGGGUGUAUGACAAUUUUAAGGAUGAGAGCUAUCUGAGGCGGGCGGUGAUGCCGCUAGAGGUUUUGCUCACGAGUUACAAGAGGUUGGUGGUGAAGGACUCCGCUGUCAAUGCUAUCUGUUAUGGCGCGAAGCUGAUGAUUCCCGGGCUGCUGAGGUUUGAGAAUGAUAUCGAGGUUGGGGAGGAGGUCGUGCUGAUGACUACGAAAGGGGAGGCGGUUGCGCUUGGGAUUGCAGAGAUGACGACUGCUGUGAUGGCGACCUGCGAUCAUGGAUCGGUGGCGAGGAUUAAGAGAGUGGUGAUGGAUCGAGACACUUACCCAAGGAAGUGGGGGCUGGGGCCGAGGGCAUUGAUGAAAAAGAAGAUGGUUGCGCAAGGGCUGCUGGAUAAGCAUGGGAAGCCAAAUGAGAAGACACCGGCAGAGUGGGUUAGAAAUGUGGUGCUGCCGACUGGAGGGGACACAAUGAUUGCAGGCCUUGCAGCAGUGCCAGAGUCAGUGGCACCAAAAGAGGGGGCUGCAGUUGAAGAAGGGAAGGAAGAGAAGAAAAAGAAGAAGAAGCACAGGGAUGGGAAUGAUGGCGAUGAAGGGCGGAAGCGUAAAUUGGAGGAAGGAGGUGAAAGCCCUGCUGCUAAGAAAGUUAAGGUUGAAGAAAUUCAGGAUGCUAUGGUUGAGGAUGAAGGGAAGAAGAUGAAGAAGGUGAAGGAGGAGGUUGAGGAAGUGUUGGUUGAAGAGGAGAAGAGCGAGAAGAAGAAAAAGAAGAAGAAGAAAGACAAGGAGAAAGGAGAAUUGGUAUUGUCUGAUGAGGAGAAGGCAGUGGAAAAGAAAAAGAAGAAGAAAAGCAGUAAGGAUAAGAGUGAACUAGGAUCAUCUGAUGAGGAGAAGGAUGGGGAGGAGAAAAAGAAGAAAAAGAAGAAGAGUAAAGAAGGUGAUGAUGGUGGGGAACAUGAAUUACAUAGCAGCAUAGGAGAUGACAACGGAGAAGUAGUGAAAAGUGAGAAGAAGAAGGAGAAGAAAAAGAAGCAUCGGGAUGCAGAGGGCACAGCAUGAGUGGAUGAGGAAGAACUGAGUUAGAAUCUUGGAAAUAGGGAAACUUAUUUGUUGCCUGACACGGACACGCACUACUAAGUAUCUUGCUGAAUGCUAGCAAGUGACCCACGCUAGCUGAAAAAAACAGCAUGAAGGUGGUGAUAAGCAGAAGCUAUGAUUGUAUUGAAGUUAUUUUUUCCCUGGCAAAGAUGUGUUUACAGUUAAAACUCUUUUUCUUUAUUUACCUUGGUUGACAGCUAAAACUUUUUUUUAACCUUGGUCGAGGAGAGUGUUGGAAUCUUCGUUUCUAUAUUGCUUUUGCUGUGUUAUUCUUAUUGGAGCUGAGAAAGGAAAGAAAAUGUUGACGAAGAUUAUCAGCAUUGAUGAGGAAAAACAAAUAAAUUUGGCAGAAGCUAUAUUUUCAUUUUA